UUCCCCAAGGGAGGGGUGGGUGGUGCUCUGCUGGUUUAAGAGGAGAGAAGGGGCUGCAGUGCCUGCAGAGGGCAGAGGAGAGGAAAGCACCGGGCUGUGCUGCUGUCCCAGAGCUGGAGACCCCAUCUCCCACUGAGAGACAUGACCCCACUGGCCCUGCGCCUCCUCGUCCUCAUCCCCGUCCUCCUCAGCCUGACGGCCUCCCUGGACUGGAAGGCUGACCCCAUCCAGGACCCCUUCGAGAAAUGCAUGCAUGAUCCUGACUAUGAUCAGCUGCUCAAGGUGGUGACUUUGGGCCUCAAUCGGACUCUGAAGCCCCAAAGGGUGAUUGUGGUUGGUGCUGGCCUGGCUGGGCUGGUGGCCGCCAAGGUGCUCAGUGAUGCCGGACACAAGGUCACCAUCCUGGAGGCAGACAACAGGGUUGGGGGUCGCAUCUUCACCUACCGGAACCAGAAGACUGGCUGGACUGGGGAGCUGGGAGCCAUGCGCAUGCCCAGCUCCCACAGGAUCCUUCACAAGCUCUGCAAGAGCCUGGGACUCAACCUGACAAAGUUCGUCCAAUAUGAUGAGAACACUUGGAUGGAAGUGAACCAGGUGAAACUGCGGAAUUAUGUGGUAGAGAAGAUGCCUGAGAAGUUGGGCUAUGCCCUGCGCCCCAGGGAGAAGGGCCAUGCCCCCGAAGAUAUCUAUCAGAUGGCUCUCAACAAGGCCCUCAAAGACCUCAAGACAAUGGGCUGCAAAAAGGCAAUGAAGAAAUUUGAAAGGCACACACUCCUGGAAUACCUCCUUGGGGAGGGGAACCUGAGCCAGCCGGCCGUGCAGCUUCUAGGAGAUGUGAUGUCCAAGGAUGGUUUCUUCUAUCUCAGCUUCGCGGAGGCCCUUAGGGCCCACAGCUGCCUGAGCGACCGGCUCCAGUACAGUCGCAUCGUGGGCGGCUGGGACCUGCUGCCGCGAGCUCUACUGAGCUCGUUGUCGGGACCAGUGCUGCUGAACGCGCCGGUCGUGGCGAUCACGCAGGGGUUGCGCAAUGUGCACGUGCAGAUUGCGACCGCUCGCCGGGCACGGAGUCUGAAGGCUCUGACCGCAGACGUGGUGCUGCUAACAGCGAGUGGGCCGGCGGUGCAGCGCAUAAACUUCUCACCACCGCUGUCGCGUCGACUGCAGCAGGCGCUGCGUGCGCUGCACUACGUGCCGGCCACCAAGGUAUUCCUGAGCUUCCGUCGGCCCUUCUGGCACGACGAGGACAUCGAAGGCGGCCACUCGAACACAGACCGCCCAUCGCGCGUGAUAUUCUAUCCGCCGCCGCACGAGGGUGCGCUGCUUCUGGCCUCGUACACGUGGUCGGACGCGGCAGCCACGUUUGCAGGUCUGACCUUGGACGAGGCGCUGCGCUUGGCGCUCGACGACUUGGCGGCUCUGCAUGGGCCGCUCGUGUACCGGUUAUGGGAUGGCAGCGGCGUCAUCAAACGCUGGGCAGAGGACCCGCACAGCCAGGGUGGCUUCGUGGUGCAGCCACCAGUGCUCUGGCAAAACGAGAAGGACGACUGGCAGGACUACAAUUGGGCGGUCCCUUACGGCCGCAUCUACUUCGCGGGCGAGCACACGGCCCUCCCCCACGGCUGGAUGGAGACGGCUGUCAAGUCGGCCUUGCGGGCCGCCAUUAAGAUCAACAGCGGGGAGGGUCAUGUGUCCGUGACCCCCAGCCCAAAGCGGCCCAGCCAUGCACGCGCGCACUCAAUGGCCAGUAGCGCCCCGUGUGACCUGGCGGCAAAGGGAGAUUCCACCCAACUUCCAAUCCUACACCAGUUAUCUCUCCCGAACACCACCCACAAAAGAACCUCGGAUUAAAAUAUUUUCGGAAAAA